CAUCACUAGUUUGUCUCGUUCGCUCAUCGCGAUAGGGUGCGUCCUGUUCGCGUGCUGCCAUUUUUUCGCGAAAAAUACGUAUUUCCAGCCAGCCUUUUCCACCCACACACGGGGCCGGGCUGCGUGCGUGCGGAGGUGUUCGUGGGCGUGUGUGCGUGUGUGUGUCGCGGGCCGUGUGACGAAUGCAAUCUGCUUCCGGCGCGCGGUCCACGGUUUGCUGCCAGUGCCGCGGUGCAACGAUGUGAAAAGUGUACGCUCAGCCUUUCUCUCUCUCGCUCGCUCGUCCGAACAGCAGAGGGUGUGCGGAAAAGUGCGUGCGUCACACAGUGCCAGUGGAGAACACCGUGUGUGUGUGUGCGCGCCUCUGUGUUUCGGGUUGUUUCGGUCCCUUCGGUGGCUGUGUUUAGUUUAGUAGCAGCAACAACAGCAAAGGCAACAACAACAACAGCGAGGCCUUUUGUUUCGGAUGGUGCUGUCGAACGCGCAUACAUGUGUGUAUGCGUGCGUGCAUGUGUGUGCGGUGUGCGUGUACGUGUGUAUGUGUGUGCGCGCGUGAUGAGAUUUAAAGAUGGCGGCAUCGAAUAACAGGCGGAGAGAAAGCACUUUAUCAAAGUUAUCAUGCGCCCGGUGCUGUGGCGAUUUCUUCGGCUACCUGCUGCGGCUACGGGUCAGCCCGGAGGAGCUCGAGCAGCGCUAUAAAUCGCGCGAGAUCGACAAAAUUCUCGAGAAAGAUAAACAUGCGUUCCGGCGACAGGUUAAGCUACUGUUGCUGGGCGCGGGCGAAUCCGGCAAAUCGACGUUUCUCAAGCAGAUGCGAAUCAUUCACGGGAUCAACUUUGAGCCCGAACUAAUUAAAGAAUACCAACAUGUGAUCUACCAAAACAUAGUCAAAGGCAUGCAAGUGUUGUGUGACGCUAGAGAUAAGCUAGAUAUACCCUGGGAGCACCCGACAUCGCAGCUGGCCGCGAACGAAGCGGUAAUGUUUCACAGCGGCUGCCUGCUGGACGCCGAACAGUUCCACCAGUACGUACCGCUCAUCAACAUCCUGUGGACGGAUGGCGCCAUCCGGAAGGCGUACGAUCGACGAAGGGAGUUCCAAAUUAGUGAUUCUGUUAGUUAUUUCCUAGAUGAAUUAGACCGAAUAUCGAGGUUAGAUUACAAGCCCACCCAUCGUGAUAUUUUGCACUGUCGCAAAGCAACUAAAGGUGUAUUUGAGUUUACGAUAAGGAUACAGAACAUUCCAUUUGUGUUCGUUGACGUCGGAGGACAGAGGACACAGCGCCAAAAAUGGACCAAAUGUUUCGACUGCUCCGUCACGUCGAUCCUGUUUCUCGUAUCGACCUCCGAGUUCGAUCAGGUGUUGGCUGAGGAUAGAAAAACGAACCGUCUGGAAGAGUCGCGCAACAUCUUCGACACGAUCGUGAACAAUACCACGUUCGAGGGUAUUUCGAUCAUCCUGUUCCUCAACAAGACGGACCUGCUGCAGCAGAAGGUGAAAAACCCGGAGACGGACAUCCGCUGGUACUAUCCGCAGUUCACCGGCAACCCGCACUCGAUCCUGGACGUGCAGAACUUCAUCCUGCAGAUGUUUAUGAACGUGCGGAAAAACACCAAAACGCCCAUCUACCAUCACUUCACCAACGCGGUCGACACGCAGAACAUUCAGGUCGUGUUCAGCUCGGUGAAGGACACGAUCCUGCACCGCAACCUGUCCGCGCUGAUGCUGCAGUAGUAGGGCACGGAUCGGUCGUUGUAGUUUUGUUUAGUGAUUAGGUUAGCAGCACGAACUGGAAACUCCUUUUUGUGGCUUUCUGCUCGGGUUUAGUUUUUGUUUUUUCCCCCGAUUUGUUUCUCUCUCUCUCUCUUUCUUUUGCUCGUUUCAUCACACUUUCGUUUGCCAUAAGGAACGAAACGCAAAUGCAUCGGAAUGUACAUUAUUACGUUGUUUGGUCCUUUCUCCCGUCGAGGACAGCAGCGGAGGGACAGCCUGAAAGCGGGGCUCUUUUGCUACUGCUAAUGUGCGCGGGGAACUUGUAGAUAUAUCGGAUAGUGUAAGCGUGCGCUCUCGAUUCAGGGUUUUGUUUGCCCUAGCUCGUUGUGUGGCUCUGUUGUUGAGGGAAAAAUCGGUUCCCGUUCAUCCGUGGUUUCCCCCCUCUUUUGAUUUCGCCUCACUCAAACCAAACUUGUAUCUCCACUGUCAAAGGGAUAUGUGUGGCCGGUUUUUCUUUCUGUUCUGGGUACAGUUUUCCACCCGAAUGUGCACCGUGAGUGUGUGCGCGUCACGACUGCUCAAUGGAAGAAUGAAUGGUUUGAAAUAUUAUAACCUUAAUUACAGUAAUGAACUUGAUUUCGUGAACUAUUCGCUUUUCUGCGGUCGUUGGUCCAUUUCAGGGCAAACCAAGCAGCCCUACACUGCCCUCGUUGUCCCAUCCCCCCUCCCCCCGAAUUAGCAUUGUAAUCGAACUGUUCGACACGACACGGAACUGGGGCGGGAAAGCGUUUACUCUUCUUUGUAAUUGUUUAUUAGCGCCUUAUGAACAAAGUUCUUGAAGAAUAGAAAUAGAAGUAAACAAAAAGAAAAGGGUACGGAUGCAGCAUCGAGUGCAUUUCCAAAAUGAAACGUUCACUAGCCUCCUCACCUAAACGCGCGCUCUCUCUCUAUAUAUAUACAUAUAAAUCGUCUCACCGCAAUACUGUACUAGACUGGAAUUUUACAACACUACUAAAGAAUCUCCUCUUUGUACUGAUUCACAUCUAUAGAACAGUUGUUAAGCUAAAGCAAACAUGCAGCAUCGAGAGGGGAUAGAAGAAGAAUAACCACUACUAAACACACACGUCCGAACAGAGCCGAAAGAGGAUGGGAAGGGGCAAACAAAAACGAAUGCAAAAAACAGUGCAACACAAACAACACGCAUACAUACACACAUACAAACACACACAAAAUAACGUAAAAGAAAGGGAUACACACACAAUUUACACCAAAAACUAAUUUUAAUCUUUAAACAAAAACCAUGUUCAUAAAUAACCCACAAAUCUCUAAUUACGCGGCUAUAUAGAGCAAGAAACAAUCGAACGAUCGAACGAACGGUACGGAAGCGAUCGAGCACAGCAGUAGCGGUGUGCAGUGUGGCGUGUAAGGUAAAUACAAUACAACAAGAGUCUCACUGGCGGAGAUGGACGAGCGCAUAUUACGCGGGGUACGAUCGGGGGGGUCAAUGGAAGGAUUAUGACGUGUGAUUUGCGUGUGAAUUGGUGCCGGAAAUUUGGGAAGCUUUUUUUAAAUGUAAAAUAGUAUGCAAACAGUCUCAUUUGCACACCUUUCCCUUGUACUUGUACUGCUCGUAGUCAUACGUUUGUUUGCCAUAUCUGUCUCUCUCUCUCUUGCAUUGCAGUUGGACUGGAAUUGUACACUCCAGUCCCACUGGAGUUAGGAGAGAAUCGUUUUGCUUGUGUUUUUAAAUACGCUCCUUCUUUCCUGUUUUGCACCUAAAAUACCCCCCCCCCCCCCUAUUAUUUUGUGAAGUGUGCCAUAAGAGCGCGCGUGCCUAUCGGGCACGGAUAUAUGUUGAACGAUUUCUGACUGACUUUCCCUACUGGAGUUUCUAGCAACCAAUUACACGAGUGAGCUGAGCGCGAAGUGCAAUACACGGCACAAUCUUCCGGCGCAUUUUCCCCCUCGCUACCCACCACCCCCCAUGUGUACGCUCCUCCCACCGCGCAGUGUUGGACACAGUUUGAAGAAAGACAAAUCAUUAGAUUGUAGCUAGAGCGAAUGUAAAGGGUUUAUAGUAGGUCGCUUAUGCGUCCCAUACCGCCUAAUUCCCUAUAGUUGGUCCUGGGUGGCGACGUGUAGCGAUGUGUGUAUAUCGAGGAAAACUCCCCUGAAAAGGGGAAAGGAAUUUGUGGUUAGUUUAUCGUCUUAUAACGCCUGUUGUAAAUAGCCGGAACAUUUAAAAUUACAUCCUCUCCCCAUUUUUCCCAUUUUAUAAAACAUGUGCUGGGCUGGUACUUUAUCAUCACACAAAGUAAAGGCACAAAAGCCACUCGCCACUCGUGUAAGCAUUUAAUCACCUAAAACCCCCGGAGGGGAAAGGAACAGAAGCGAGUGUGUGCGGGAAUAUAAUCGUAAAUAUGUGAAUGAACGUUCGAAAGGAAAUUGGGGUGGAAAUUGGGUAAAGAUGAUAUUGAACGAUAAGCCACCGUCAAGUCGUACUACGGUCAGGUUUAGGUUUUGUGUUUGUCCAUCAGCUACCACAAAUUUUGUUACAAUAAUAAUAAUAAUAACGAUGAUGAUGAUAAUGGAGAUAAACACACACACACAGAGGCACAGAUGGAUAACGGAUCCAGAUGAGCACAAAUACAAGCAUACACACACACAGCUACCGGAGCAGCAUUAUACAAAACAGCAUUCCCCUAUGAAAGUAAGCGGCUGGAGAAAAUGGUCGAGAGUUGAGCAUAGUAGAAAAAGAAAAAAACAAGUGUAAACCAAAUGAACCAAUCUCUACUGUAAGCGAUCUUAGAAAUCUGCAAACUCUAGGAAUUAGGAAAGUGAAACUCUCAACACGAACAUAACAAACAAACAAAGCUGAUUAUCAGGAGGAGAAACACAUACACGUAAAAAAGUAAGAUGCAACAUAAACGAAGCAGAGCAAAGUAAGAAAAGGGGGAAUAUAGAAGUAAAAGACUUUCGCAACAAUGAAACAAGGAAAAAAGAGGCAAUACAGCGCAAUACCACAAACCCAUAUUAGCUAGGUUAGCAGCUAGGCGUGUGUGUGAGUGUUGUGGGCCAAUUUUUGGCUCCUUUAGGGCUCUUUUUGGGCAAUUUUUUGUCGAUAUUCGUAAAUGUUUUUUAUACAAAAAUCAUUUUAUGCUCGAUUUUAAGAGGAAGCAUACUGUAAAGUCCUUAGACGAAGCUUUCUUUUUGGUAAGCGAACGCAAACGCAUUUUGAGACGCAAUUUUUAGAGCAAAGUGUGGCUCCUUUCUAAGUGGUUUUUGCUAUUGAUAUACAAGCAGUUUUUCGUCAUGCUCUCCUCGCUAGUUAGUAGAGAGAGCUUUUUUGCUUUUUUUGCCACUGUUUUGAUAUAUACGAAUCGCUUUUGCGAACCUGUUUUUGUCGUCGUUGUCGUCGUCACACUUUGGAAAAAGUAUGAAAUUUUGAUACGGAAGUAGGAUAUGGGAAUGCAAUGUUCUUUCGUUUGUUUUAUCCAAAAUUGGCUCAUUCGUUAGAAACGAGAUAGAAACACAGUCGUGUUGAGGGAUAGGACGGAAACGGAUUUCAUCUCCUUUUUAUUUUAUUUUGCGCGAAAGUUGAUAAGAAGCAGGAACUUCAUCUCACCCCACCCCCAAACCAACCCUCCCCCCAAACAAACCAAUCAACCAAGAUCGAAUGAUUUUAUAUGAUCUUUUGUAGUGUAGUAUUUAUGUGGGUUUCUGUUUUCACAUAUUACAAUUAUUGAUUAUUAAUUACUAUGAUUUACAUCCUGCCCUAUCCCAAACAAUUUUCAAAACAUAUAUAUGAAUAUAUGUAUGUAUAUGUAUUUUGUAUAUGUAUAUGCAUAAGCAGGACAUAUAUAUAACCGCGAAAAAAGGAUAUAAGUUGUUGUUCGAUGUUACUUUGUAUGGAGAUUUUAUUUGUAUAUGUGUACUCUGUAUAUUCGAUUAGAAGGAAGAAGGGAUAAUGAGGAAAAUGCAGCAGCAACAGCAGCUAAAAAGAAAGUGCGAUUUUGUUGUCAACUUACGCUUUCUCUCCAGCACUCUGCUUUUGUUUUCAAAAUGAACAUUAAUAAUUCAGCAAAAUCCGUGGCUCUUUGGAGGCAGAGAGAGAGAGGGUGUAUUAGCAAGGAUUAGACAACUAAUAGACAGGGGAGAUAUGGGAUGCGAGAUGUGUGAGUGUAUGUGUGUGUUUGUAAAGGGUGGAAAGGAAAGAGUCCUAGUUCCCACCUUUUACACAUGCACACGCUAAGGCACAACACUCGCGCAACAAGUUAUACGGUCAUAUAUACAACAUUUGUUCGAUGGCAAAAACAUGAUUGAAAUACGAUAAUAAAAACAAAACAAACGCAUCAAUGAAGGCUAAUACGCGUAGGAAACAUA